CAUUUAUUUUGAUACAGUCGGGAUUUCCUUCUGUGUGGUUUUUCUCAAACAAAUACUCAGCAGAAAACAUCCUCUCGGGCGCUUUUUGGUGUCCUGACUGGCUGGCAAUGCGCAAGGGUGCAGAAGGAGUUCAGUGAGGUGAACAUUUGGCGAUAUCUUCGAGACUUCUCCAUUGUUUUCAUUGUUCUGCUGUGCUUGUUUACGUGGAAACGCCAAGAGCCAGAGGAAAAAUGAAACGCAAAUACGGCAAUGGGCAUGUGGUGAAUGCAGCCUCGCUCCUCUGGGACAGGAGCAACUUCGAACUGGAGGCGACUGUGCGGCAGAGACUGCAAACUGCCCCGCAAUUCAUAAGGCGACUGGAGUUGGAAACGGAACUCCGCGGUCACAAUGGAUGCGUCAAUUGUCUGGAGUGGAGCGACAAUGGGAAACUUCUCGCUUCGGCCUCUGAUGACUUCCACGUGAUGAUUUGGGACGCGUUCUCGCACAAGCGCGUGGCUGAUGUCAUCACGCCGCAUCAGGGCAACAUCUUCUCAGUGAAGUUCAUGCCCAAGAGUGGCAGCUCCACUGUGGUCACGGGCGCGGCCGAUGGGAAGAUAUACGUGUUUGAUCUCAAUCGCUCAGAGAGUCCAACUUGGACGUGUUGCUGCCACAGCCGAAGAGUGAAGAGAUUGGCCACCGCGCCAGAAACUCCCUUUGUCUUCUGGUCAGCCGCCGAGGACGGCGAUAUUCUGGAGUUUGAUCUGCGCGAGCCGCAUAAGUGUAUGUCCAACGAGUGCAAGGUGUCUCUAAUCUGUCUGAAGCACUACAUCUCGUCCUCAAAUCUAGUCUCAAAUGUUGUGCCGAGUCCUGCUCAGGCCAAGUGCAUUGCAGUGAAUCCUCGGCGCCCGGAAUUGAUUGCCGUAGGUGCAAAUGAUUGCUACGCGCGAAUGUACGAUCGACGCAUGAUGAAGCUGAGCACGCUGUGGACGUCGAAUGAGGAGAGGAUCAGCAGCCCGUCCGAUAGGGACACGAUUCCGAAGAAUAGCGUCACUUACUUCUGUCCGGGACACUUGAGGAAGCAGUACGACAAGCGCUAUAAAGCGAUCACGUAUCUGACUUUCAGUCCGGACGGCAAGGAGUUGCUGGUCAACAUGGGAGCCGAGCAGAUCUAUCUGUACGACAUCAACAAUGCCAAGGAGCCUGUCUUUCUCGAUCUGCCGCCACUGCAUGACAGGGAGAUUGUGAACAGCGAGGCGAUCAGGAGGAAACUGCCUGAGGAUGUGGAGGCAGACCAGAAGCUAGGCACGGACUUCUUGGAGAAUGAGAAGUACAUCGAGGCGAUCUACCAGUACACGAAGGCCAUCCAGAAGGCGCCCAAGUGUGCGUUUCUAUAUCUAAACAGGGCUAUUGCUCUGGUGCGUCGCAAUUGGUGUGGAGACACCUAUGCUGGUCUCAGGGACUGUCACACAGCGCUCUGGCUCGAUCCGUCGUACUUGAAGGCGCACUUCCGACUUGCCCGCGCCUUAUUGGCGCUAAACUAUGUGUCAGAUGCGGCUCAGUGUCUUGCGGAGCUGAAGAAUCGCUUCCCAGAAUAUGCCCAAAGCUACGGUGUGCAAAUGCUAGAGCAGGACAUUGAGCGGGCUGUUAAGCAACAUCCCAACUCAUCUUCCCAAGACAGUCCUGAUAUAUUUGAUUUGUCGGAGAAUGAAAUAUUCUGGCGCACCUCAGCGAAGGAUUACAAGGAUCGCUUCAUGGGUCACUGCAAUACGACGACGGACAUCAAGGAGGCCAACUUCUUUGGCAACGACUCGAACCACAUCAUUGCCGGCUCUGACGAUGGCAACUUCUUCAUUUGGGAGCGCUCGACGAAUUCCAUCGCCGAGGUGUUCAGCGGCGACACGAACAUCGUGAAUUGCGUGCAGCCGCAUCCGUCGGUCUGUCUCCUGGCCACGAGCGGCAUCGAUCACAGCAUCAAGCUGUGGAGUCCGCAGCCGGAGGAGAACUUCGAGUCGAAGCACCGCGUUGAGUACACAGAGAAGGCGAUGAAGAAGAACCAGAUGCGAAUGUACGAGGAUCCCUUUGACUUCAACGACAUCAAUCCACCUUUCUGUGCGCCCAGCUAAUCGCAGCAAGAAGCUGCAGCAUUGCAUAUGUAUAUUUCCCUUUUUCGCAAAGAUAUAUAAUGUAAUUUAUUAACACGCUACCGCGCUAGAGAUGUUUUUUGGCGUCUAGAAGACGAGAGGAUUUUAGCAAUUGGGGGUAAAUUCAAUUGAAUCACUUUUUACAUAAUCAUUGAAUAUUCAUGAAAGUGUAUCGAUGCUAGGCACAAGAUGAAUCUAUAUACAAUAAAUAUUAUUAGAGUGGCUGAGAAAAUGGUGGGAUUACAGAGUGCAUUGAAAGCUUCUUGUUUGCGGGCGCGACCACAAAAAUGCGCCCAUGAUUCGACGUUACUGCGUAAUUAAAUAUUUUAUUUUCUUUUGUGGAAAAUACACAAAACAUCACAAGUCUUUCUCAUC